GGGUAGUUUGCAGUCUGACCAAGCCACGAAGACGUCUAUUUGGUGGUGCAGGAACAAGGUACCUUCCAGAAAUUUCUGUGAGGACAAAGCAGCAUUGCCUCACCAUAUUAAGAAUUCAGUGUGCUGCAGUUUUUUUUUGUUUGUUUUUUUUUUCCCCUCUUAUCUAUUUAUGAAUUUUUAAUCAACGCACCACGCUUGACAGAACUGGGUUGCUGACAGAACAGCGUUGCUGAUUUUGGCUGUGACCUGUUUCCGGCAUCAGACUCUUUUGUCGUCCACUGCCUUUCGACAGAGACGGCGUGAGAGAGGAAGAGAGAGAAGUGGGAAGAGGAGUCAAAAAGGAACAGGCUUCAUCUCCUGACUAAGCUUCCUUUGCCCUCACGCUGGGGAAAGCAAGACAGCCCGCUCUCCUCCACCCCUCCUGCCCGCUGCGAUCGCUCACUGCUCAAGUCCUGCGAAGGAUCCGGCGAGCGUCCGUCAUGCAUUUGAAAAGCGUGAAGUUUAACCCGUUUUGCCUUGUCGCCUCUCUGGAGGACCUGGACAUGUUUAACAGACCCGAGAGCAGGGCCCGUUUUGAGGAGCUUUUCCGUGCCUUUGACGGUGAGGCUACUUUCCAGUUUUUCAAGAGCUUCAGGCGAGUGCGAAUUACCUUUAGUAAUGCUCUGGCGGCGGCAGAGGCCAGAGCCAAACUCCACAAGAGUGACUUCAAUGGCAGAGAAGUGCGCCUUUACUUUGCCCAGUCUGUGCAUAUAGGGAGUCCACGGCUGGAGCCUCCGAAACCAGAGAAGCAGUUUCUCCUCUCUCCACCCCCUUCUCCACCAGUGGGGUGGGAACAGGCUCAGGAUACCACCCCUGUCAUCAACUAUGACCUUUUAUGUGCCAUCACCAGACUUGGUCCAGGAGAGAAGUAUGAGCUCCACUCUGGAACCCCCACUACUCCUAGCGUGGUGGUGCAUGUGUGCGAGAGUGACCAGGACAGCUCUGGUGGCGAAGAUGACACAGUUGGCUUCAGACGGCCCCGUCCCAGAAUUGUCCAGACCCGGCGUCCUGAUUAUGUCACCGCCCUUGUACAGUGAGCCUGCAGAGCUUGUCCUUGUUCCGUCGGCUUUGCUGGACCACCUCGGGUCUGCUGGGAGCCCUCUCAUGGAAUGGUUGGUCUGCCCCUCCUAGAGGAAGCCUUGAUUCAGAUCCCAGCGCUAUGGAGGAAUGUCCACUGUCUUGAAGCGGGGGGUGGGAGGGAGGGGAUUGCAUGCUUAUGUUGAUAAAGUGGCUCAUUUCUCUGUAGUUGAAGGUUAAGGGUGCUUCAGGAAUGUUUUUCAUUGGUGUCUAUGGCUACGGAGAACAAAAAGUCUCUAGUUGUAAGUUAAUUUAUUUCUUUUAUUUUGGGAAGCAUGCUUUAUCCCAGUGAAGGGGUGUGGUAUGUAUACUAUAUCUUUUUAACUUUUUCAGUUUUACACAUGGCUUUUCACUUUAAUGUAAGCCUCAACGGAGAGGAGAGACAGUAAUAUUCCUGUGCUUGUGCGGGAAUGCUGAUUGAGCUUAGACUUUGAAAGGUUGUGGUUGUGGGCAGUUGUUUUUACUAUAAAUGUAAUGAUUGCUCCAUUAAUUAACAUUCAGUCCCUCAGACAAUUUGUAGUAUAUCAUUGUAGUAUGUGAGUUAAUUUUGUCAGCCUGCUUUUGAUUGAGAAUCUGAAGAUAGAGUUCUCAUUUAGAAAUCAUGCUUUCUCAGUAACAACAUAGGAAUCAUUUUUUUGCUUUAACAUCUUUAGCAAAGUACACUGAGACACAUAUUUUACUAAGAGUUAAACAUUAGAUGCUUUGAUCCUAUGUAAAACAUAAUUUUAGGGGUUUUUUUUAUGGAUGUACUUUACCAUGCUUGAAAUUUGCAUUCAUUUUGUUCAGGACCAUGACACUGUAAAGCAGUCUGUUAUGAUGAUGGAGGGGGACUGUUAUGAUCUUUAGCAAAAUUUGCACAAGUUACAUUGUUAGAUGGUAAAAUUGAGCCCAACGCCUUUUCAUGUUUGUAUAUGUAUAGUUAACUCACUGUAAUGUCUUAAUUGUCUAAUACAAAUUUAUACUCAAAAGCUUGGUUUUGACAUUUAUUGACCCAAUAAUGGCUUAUGUCUUAACUUGUACACAAACAGCCAUAACAAAAUAAAACAGGAACUUGACAUUG